AUGGGUAGCAUAGGCGACGUUGGCAACGCGCUUCACAAGUACCGUGUGGGAAUUGAUGUUGGAGGGACCAAUACCGAUGCCGUACUAAUCUCACUGUCGCCGACAAAGAUCAUCGCCUCACACAAAGCGCCUACAACACCAGAUGUAACAACUGGUAUUGCCGAGGCAGUACGUGCAAUUGUCUCGACAAGCAAUGUCCCUCUCGACGCCAUAAGCUGCGUUAUCAUUGGGACUACACAUUUCGUCAAUGCUGUCGUCCAACGGUCACCAUCACUUCAACGUGUCGGUGUGGUUCGGCUCUGUGGAGGCGGCGAAGAUGGAUUCGGACUCGGCGUGCCACCCUUUGUUGACUUUCCAGGGGACUUGCGCCAACUCAUCUCAUCCAGGCCUUUCUUUUGUCAAGGCGGACAUCAGAUCACUGGCACAGAGAUCUCACCACUAGACGAGACCGAGUUGAAACGUGUGGCCGAGGAGUUGGCGACCGCCGGUAUUUUCAAUGUUGUCAUAUCAGGAAUAUAUUCACCCCUAAACUCGGCGCAUGAGACGAGGGCAGCGGAUCUCAUUCAGACUAGAAUGACCGAGAUAUGCAAACGAUCAAGUCUCAACGUCCGCCCGAGGAUCACACUGUCGCAUCGGAUUUCGUCUGUCGGUUUUCUGGCUCGAGAAAAUGCAGCCAUCUUGAACGCGGCUCUCAGACCCCUUGCCGAGAAGACUAUCACGGGGUUUCAGAAAGCCAUGCAAGAUAUCUUCCAAGGGAACCCUUGCACUCUGUAUCUCACGCAGAAUGACGGCAGUGUACUCAGCGCUCCGGAUGCGAUUGAUCUCCCCAUUCGCACAUUCAACUCCGGCCCAACAAACUCAAUUCGUGGGGGGGAAUUUCUCUGGAAGACUGCCCAUGCCGAAACAGAAGAAGCACAUACCGGACGUCAAGAACCUCUUGUGGUGAUCGACAUUGGCGGUACCACUUCAGACAGUGGCUUGCUGCUACCCAAUGGUCUUCCUAGAAUGAGCUCACUGAUGAGCCUUGUGGGCGGCGUGCGCACGAACUUUGCUCUCCCCGCGGUAGAGAGCAUCGGCUUGGGGGGUGGAAGCAUCGUAAGAAAAUUAGGGGACAGUCUUACUGUUGGCCCCGAUAGUGUCGGGUUUGAACUUCCACGAAAAGCCCGGCUCUUCGGAGGCGAUGUCUUGACGGCCACCGAUAUCAUAGCCGCAUCUGAGUUACACGCACCUUCGGGGUCAAACCCACUCGAAGGGUUUGGAUCACCUGCUCGGUUGAAGGAUAUUACACCUGAUACGGUGAAGAUAGCCAAGGACGAGAUGCGACAGAUCGUGGAAGAGGUGGUCGAUCGUACCAAGGUGCAGAAAGGAGAUAUCGAUGUUCUGAUUGUGGGAGGUGGUGCCAUCUUGAUCGACACUGACAAACCUCUCGCUGGAGUUCGCGCUGUACGGAAAGUCAAGGGCGGAGAAGUUGCGAAUGCCGUGGGCGCUGCCAUCUCUCGUGUAUCUGGUGUCGUGGACACGGUGGCAGAUACUUCCCAUCAAAGUUUGAAGCAGGCACAGGAUGCGGUCAUGGAAAUGGCAAUCAAUGCUGCUGUUGACAAUGGAGCUCGAAGAGAUACCAUUGAGAUUGCCGAGAUCACAAUCCUCCCUAUUCAGUAUGUUGAUGCCAAGGCACGAAUCCUCAUCAGGGCAGUGGGAGUCCUUGACACAGUCAGAAGUUCAAAGUUGGAGACCAUGGGAGCAUACGAAGUAGAAGAGCUCACGACCGAGACUAACAAUGGGCAAGCGAUAACCGCUGCAGCCUCAACGGAAGCGGUCGAAUCGAUCGAUAUCAGGAGUUAUCAACCAGAAGUCAUGCGAGGGUUGUGGACAAUAUCAAUGACUGACCUUCAAUGGAUUUCGGACGGGUGCAAAAUUCUCGGUUGCGGAGGUGGAGGUGAGCCUUAUCAACAGUAUCUCAAGAUCAGAGCACGCCUUGAAAAACACCCGGGGUCCGUGAAGGUGGUCUCUCCAGCAGACCUUCCAGACAGUGCCACAGUCGGUUGGACAGGCUGUCUUGGAAGCCCUGAAGUCAGUAUGGAGAGAAUGGAGGCCAAUGAAUGCAAUAAGGCUCAUGAUGAGCUCAUACGGGUUAUGGGUUAUCCACCAGUGGCAGGGUUUCUAGCUCUGGAGAUCGGCGGUGCGAACGGCCUCGUUAACCUUGAGGUUGCGGCAGCCCACGGUGUACCUUGUGUCGAUGCCGACUAUAUGGGCAGAGCGUACCCAACUGGAUGGCAGACGACCGUCAAUGUCUAUGGCUCAGCUCGAGGAGAAGCACUUUUGCCCGCAACCAUUGCAAGUGGAGAUGGAUCGUACAUGACUAUGACCUCCAGCAGGACAGACAAGCUCGUCGAUGCCGCACUGCGUGCCGCCACUGUUGAGAUGGGAUGUCGAGCAGGAAUGGCGGGUCCUCCCAAGACGGCGAAGGUCGUACAGGAAGAGUCAAUCGUCAACACCGUCUCCCUGGCCUGGUGGAUUGGCAGGGCAGUGGCACUGGAAAAGAAUAUAACGGACAAAGCGAAGAGAAUAGUCGAAGCAGUCGGUGGGUCUGAUAGCGCCAGAAUCCUGGCCGAGGGCAAGAUCACGAGCGUCGAGCGGGUUCUGAAAAAGGGCCAUACGUACGGCAUUGUCGAGAUCGAUGGCCUUCUCAGUGAUGGGUCGCCGGCGAUCGUCAAAGUGCCCUUCAAGAACGAAAACGCCUUCGUCGAGGCGACAGACCACGAGGGUCGAGUUUCAGUACUGGCAUCGGUGCCUGAUCUCAUUGCGCUGCUCGACUCCGAGACAGGUGCUGGCCUAGGUACACCCGAAUACAAGUACGGUCUGAGGGUGACCAUUGUAGCUAUUGCGGCAUCUCCCCGUUGGACAGACACUCCGAGGGGUUUGGAGCUUGGAGGGCCGUCCUCGAUGGGAUUCGAUGACAUUCAAUAUGUGCCCAUUGGAAAGUAUUCGAAGCCUCGAAGUGUCGUUGAAGCGUAUGGCGGAGCGAUGGGAUAG